CAUCACUUUCUCUAGAGUCAUCCCAACUGUUUUCUACAACAAUAUGACCGUAUGAGUGGUACGCGAAUCUUUCCGAAAUGCAGUGAACCCAAUUUUUUUAAAUACCGGAAUUUUAUUAAAGUCUUUUCCGAGCCACCGAACAACAUCCACACCGAGAAGGAAUGAAGUCAGGUUGAACGAUGCAGUCCAAAACCAACUCCUCUAGCACACCUGCUAUCUCUUUCCUUGGACCUAUUUCUUCUUAUACUCAUCAGGUAUUUGAUCUUCGUUUAAUCCAGUGUCCAGCGCCCUUCAAUUGUCAACAUUAUGAGCCAUGUGCGAUUUCCAUAGGACUAACAGAUGAUUGUCACCCCCAGGCCGCUCUUGGAUGCUUCGAUAAAAAAAAAUACGAGUAUCAACCAGCGAUUGGAAUUCCAGGUAUUGCUGUUUUCGGGCUUUCUCCUAGAAAUGACUGACGGUACAUAGAUGUUUUUGAGGCAGUUCAAUCGGGCCAGGCAGAGUUAGGUGUUGUGCCUUUCGAGAAUUCCACGAAUGGAGCUGUGAUCUUUACCCUAGAACUCCUCGCAGAUCGCCAUUCCUUAUAUAAAGAUGUCACAAUAUGUGGCGAAGCCUAUCUUGAUGUUAGUCACUGCCUGUUAGGUUAUAUUUCGACGGCAGAUUCUCCAGUAAUGUCCGGCACUUGUACUCCAACUACCUCGACUCCAUCUCCGGUCAAGCCAAAGACGACGCCGUUAUCUAGUCUCAAUCACAUUCAAAGAAUUUACACUCAUCCACAGGCAUAUGGCCAAUGCGAAGCAUUUUUAGGAACAUACUUGAAGGGGGUUGAGAGACUGGACGUCAGUUCCACAAGCAAAGCGGCCGAAAUUGUGAAGGCAGACAAGUCUGGGACGAGUGCAGCAAUUGCUAGUUCGCUCGCAGCAGAUAUUCAUGGAUUGGACAUUCUUGCAAAGGGAAUCGAAGAUCGUGAAGACAAUACUACCAGAUUUCUCAUUUUGCGCAAAGGUGUGGAUACAUCUGCGACGAAGGUUAAUGUUGCGGCGAAGUCAAUGGUUACUUUCACGAUUGAUCAUCGAACACCCGGUGCGCUCGCAGAUGUACUGGAUUGUUUCAAGAGAUACCAAGUCAAUUUGACCAGUAUCAACAGCCGACCUACAAAAGUAGUUCCAUUCCGUUACAUCUUCUUCGUCGAGUUUGAAGGCAGUAAGCUGAGUGAUCCUGAGGGAAAAGUUGCUGGAGCAUUGGAUAGUCUCGACAAAUACACAAAAAACUGGCGCUGGCUUGGGAGUUGGGAAGAUAAACUUGUGGAUAGACAGAAAUAAAUAACUAUAAAAGGGAUAUCAAUGGAAUUGGAUGGCAUUCAUGGUACGGGGCAUAUGAGGGAAAAUUUAGAUACCAGUGUAUAUCUGCCGUUAUCGGAUUCUUAUCGAUAAGAAUGACGCUUUUCCCGGCAUCCGGCUUGGGUUUUCCAUUUCUUCUAGAUCCCCAAAAAUCUUCUUCCAUCU